AUGGGCACGGCAUGGGGCCUGCUGCUGGCCGCGUCCCGCUCCAAGGACUCGGCGCCCUUCCACUGGCUGGCCUCGGACGGCUGGGGCCGGCAGCCCCACGUGGUCCGCGACGUGGAGGAGGUGGCGGAGGGCGCGCUCACGGUGGAGCUGCACACCGAGCCCAUCCCGGGCUUCGACGCGUACAUGGCGGCGCUCACCCCGGAGAACAACCUCCGCAACCCCUGGUUCGAGGAGUACUGGCAGGAGACCUUCAACUGCUCGCUGGCCAAGGCGGACCCCAGCAACCACAGCGACCACUGCGCGCCGGGGCUGCGGCUGGGGCCUGACGUCGGCUACCUCCAGGAGUCCAAGGUGCCCUUCGUGGUGGACGCCGUGUACGCCUUCGCCCACGCCCUGCACGCGCUGCAGCGAGACACCUGUCAGGGCAACGGCACCUGCUCCUCGAUGCUCAACAUGGACGGGGGCAACUUCUACCACAACUACCUGCUCAAGGUCAACUUCACUGAUUUGGCCGGCACCCAAGUCAAGUUCAACCGCAUGGGCGACGGUCUGGCGCGCUACGACAUCAGCAACUACCAGCGCGCCGAAAACUCCUCCGGCUACGUGUACAAGACCGUAGGCUGGUGGUCGGAGACGCUGGUGCUGGAGGUGGACGCGCUGGCCUGGACCAACGGCUCCAGGAGCGUGCCCACGUCGACGUGCUCGGAGCCCUGCGGCGUGGGCAUGAUCAAGCGGCAUCACAAAAAGGGCGACGUCUGCUGCUGGAUCUGCGACACGUGUGAGGAGUACGAGUUCGUCUACAACGAGUCCACGUGCGCCGACUGCGGCAAGGGCUUCUGGCCCUACCCGGACAAGCGGUCCUGCUACGAACUCGACGUCCAGUACAUCCCCUUCUUCUCGCCCGUGGCCUACGGACCCAUCAUCAUCUCGGCCUCGGGGAUCGCCUUCACGCUGGCCACGGUCGGCGUCUUCGUGCGGUACAACGACACGCCGCUGGUCCGCGCGACGGGCCGCGAGCUGAGCUACGCGCUGCUGAUGGGCAUCACCCUCUGCUUCGCCAACACGUUCGUCCUGCUGCAGAAGCCCUCGCUCACCACGUGCACCAUGCAGCGCUUCUCCGUCGGCAUGGGCUUCUGCAUCACCUACUCCGCGCUGCUCACCAAGACGAACCGCAUCUCGCGCAUCUUCGACUCGGCCUCCAAGUCCGCGCGCAGGCCCAAGUUCAUUAGCCCCAAGUCUCAGGUGCUCAUCACGGUGGCCCUGAUCCUGGUGCAGACGCUGGGCACGUUCGCGUGGCUGGUGGUGGAGCCGCCGGGGACGCGGUUCGACUACCCGGACCGGCGGCAGGUGUGGCUCAAGUGCCGCAUCCACGACGAGUCCUUCCUGCUGUCCCAGCUCUACAACAUCCUGCUCAUCUGCACGUGCACGGUGUACGCCUUUAAGACGCGCAAGAUCCCGGAGAACUUCAACGAGAGCAAGUUCAUCGUGUUCACCAUGUACACCACUUGCGUCAUCUGGCUGGCCUUCCUGCCCAUCUACUUCACCACGCGCCACGCUCAGGAGGUCCAGGCGCUGACGCUGUGUGUGUCCAUCUCGCUGUCCGCCUGGGUGUCGCUGGGCUGCCUGUUCGCGCCCAAGGUGUACAUCAUCCUGUUCCACCCCGAGAAGAACGUCCGGCGCCUCACCAUGAGCACGACGUACCGGCGGCGCUCGGGCGGCCGCCCCUCGUCCAGCGGCAUGCCCACCGCCACCACGGCCAUCGCGGACCACAACGACCACAACAGCAAGGCGGGCGCGCUGGUCGGCCGGCCCGGCUCCGGCCACUACCAAGCCUGCACACCAGUCGGACAGCAGGUGGAUUUAGUCGUUUCACAGUCUCCUGGUCCAACGGGCUCGACCAGCACCAAUGUGGCCGAAGGCCACGAAGCUGCUGCUCUGUUGUGAGGAAGACCGGCAUCUCCAGCUUGAUGUCACAUCAUGCUCACUCAAGCAAUUUCAAGCGACAAUGGGUGGUCUCUCCCACAAUCUUUUCUGACAUAUUUGAAAGAGCCGCUUUGAAAUUUCUUGAAAUGGAGGCAAAAAUUUUCAAUUUGUCACAAAUGUCUACCGUCUUUCUAGCACAGUCUGUGCGCAUAUCAACAAAACAUCCUGUUAUUUUUUUAAGUUUUUUUUUUUUUUUAAUUUUAAUUCUUAUCUCUUGCCAUUGUGAAAUCAAAGGAAAAAUGCGUUAUCAGUUGUCACUGGGUUCUCUUAAGUUAUUCAACGGUGUCCGUAAGUGAUUCGCCAGACAAAAUCUCUCCCAUUCUUAUUUUUGUACGGAUGUCAAACAUAUUUUCCACCAAAUAGUUGUGGGUGUGUUGGUGGUGAGUAUAGUUGUAUAGUUAAUUAUGUGAAUUAUGACGGAAAAAAAGCAUGCCCACUUAAGUUGUUUGUUAGGAAUUGAAGGACAAAACGCACUGCUUUGUACAAAUUAAUUUUAAGGAUGAUACUGAGACUACUUGCACACUAUUGUAGGAUAAUAACUCAACACAAGUGCUUCCACUUUUAAAUUCACUAUAUAUUGUGUAAAUUAACUUCUGUAUGAUAUAUUGUGUACUAUUUAUCUGUAUAAAUACUCUGUAAUGUUUGAUACAUAUUAACUGGUUUUGAAUCGACCAAUCUCUAAGGUAUGUUUCAUUUGAUGACAUUGUUGCCAUGUAUUUAUGUAAUAUAGGAAAUAAUAGUUAUUUAAAUUGCUGAAUCUCCGGUUGCUGUUGUAUUAAUAAUAAGGGAUGGGUGGAGUAGAAAUUUUAGAAUUUAAAAAUGCACUCUGUAUCUUGAGCUUGUUUUAAAGAAGCACAUUUGUAGUACAAUUGCAAGAUUCUAAACUCUUUGGACUGCUUUAGGACAAAAUUCAGCUUAGUGAAAAGCUGCGGCCUCUCCUGAAUCCUGAAUUUGUAUUUGUAAAUACCUACUGUUCUUGUUGUUGUUAUAUUGUUGUCAUUAUUGAGGCGCAUUUGGUCGCUACAUUUAUUUUUGGCAGAGUUUUGCUCCGUUCAGUCAGAGUUCAUCAGUGAACUCAUCUUUUGUGAUAACCAGCCUCUUUAGCACUGCAUAGAGGAAAUUCGUCAUAUCAAAUCAAAUUGUUAUAAGUAGGAAGUGUACAUAACUUUUUUAUGUUUACCUUGAAGUGAUUAAUUCUAUGUAGGCUUAAGCCUGCUGCUAAUCUUUGGUGCUAACAUCGUGCUGUAAAGUGAAAAUCAUCAUUAUAGAAAAAAAAUCCUUGAGAGGGUUCAACAGUUUUGAAACUCAAUUUAAAUGAAGAUUUAAUCCCAAAUUUUGACAUUGAUUUUCAUUGAUGAAAAAUGUUCCACAUUAGAAGCAUAGGUAUGUGGCAACAGAGAGUUGUGUGUCCGCCAAAUCAAAAUUAUUUAGUGUGCUUUCUUUUCUUCCAUGUGAUGAGGCAAAGCUCAGGAUGAGACUCAUCCUUCGCUCUUUCGCCAGACAGUAGUCGCUUCAGAAACUGGGCCCCUGAAGACGACUCUUUGCACUCAGUGUAUUCCAUUGAGAAAUAGGGGUACUCCUCCAAAUUUCUUUUUGGAACACUGCACAAAGAUGAAAGUUUCUUCAUCAUUGUCAGAACAAACCUGAGUGCGUGUCUGAUGAUAGACCGGUGGUAGCAACCCUUAUAAUUUUUCCCACAAAAAAUAGACUGUAUUUUAAGGAGAAGGAGCCAACCUUUCUGAAAAUGCCAUGUCAUUCUAAGUUAGCAGCCUAUAUGUGUGUUAAUUUUAUCCAUCUCAUAUCUUACCAAAAUGCUGAGGUAAACUAAAAUUUUACAAAUUUCUAAUUAUUUGCUGCCUGAUGUGUUUGUCUAAAUGUGCAGCAUGGUUGUCGUAAUAUUCUUCUUUUUAAAUCUACCAGCACUGUGUAAAUGUUGUGCACCCAGAUUGCGUAGAUGAUCCCAAUUUCAAAUGAGUGAGUCUUGCUCAAAUGAAAGUCUCAAUUAUUAUUUAAUAUUCUUUGUCAUUCACAAUUGACGCUCCUAUGAAUCAGUGCCAACCAACACUUGUGUUAUCAGUUCCCAACUUACUAAAUAGAUGGUAGAAAAUGUUUUUGAAAACUGAUAAGUCAACAGCAAAACAUUACUAGGCGUCAAUUAAUGUUACUAAAUUGUUUACCUGCAUCAUUCAGGCUUCUCAUACUUUUUUUGUAUUUUGUGAUUUUAUUUAAGUUCCCAUUGUCCAUGCUGGACUUUGGGUAGUUCGGUUAAAAUGGUCUCAUCUCUACGUUAAACAAGUCUUUUGUUUUCUGUUCAUAUUUUCAUUAAUUUUUGUUAUGUGUUUUUGAAUUGUGAAUGCUAAGAACAGACAUCAAUUUAACUCAAUGCAUGAAGCAAAUUUUAACUUCUCAUAGUUUGGAUAUGUAGCUACAAAAUUUAAAGAAGACAGAAUGAAAAACAUCUUGUGGAUUUACUUAUUCCAACAGAACUUCUACAUGUGUUGAUUGUUUUAAUAUUUACUUUGCUGAAAUAUUUCUGAUUCUGUCUGUAACUUUCCUACCUGCUGGUAAUUUUUUCAAGAUAUGAAUUAAACAACAAAAAAUACCAUUAAUUCCUCCCUCUUAUGCCAUGUCAACAAAUUGAAUCUUAGCCAAUAGGACCAACCCGUUUCAGCAAAGUUGAUAAAAAUUAUGAGCACACAUGAGUGGAUUCUGUGGGGGCAUGGCUUACUCUCAAAGUGGCGCCUAAUAUGUCUGUAAUGCUCAAGAUGGGGCAAAGCAUUCACUUCCUGUAAUAAAGGUAUUCAGUGUGAAAUACA